AUUCAUUUGACAGUGACAGCCAAACUGCCAAAGUGACAAUAAAAAAACAGAAUUGUCGAAUUUGUAAAAAAUUAAGUUGGUGUUAUCUAACCAGUAUUUUCAGCAUGGGCUUGUUAAAAAAGACAACAGGUCUCACGGGUUUGGCAGUGGCAGCUAACCCACAUCACACUCUAGGUGCACUUUAUGGCAAGAUAUUAAGAACUAUUCAAAAAAUGCCUGAGGCCUCAGUCUACCGCAAAUACACUGAGCAAAUAGUUCGCGAACGAGCUGCGAUUCUGCAACAAACCAAGGAUGUGUAUGAAAUUGAACAAAAAAUUAACUGUGGACAAGCUGAAGAAUUAAUCAUCCAAGCUGAAAAUGAAUUGAACUUAGCUCGCAAAAUGUUAAAUUGGAAACCCUGGGAACCUUUGGUUGCAAAGCCCCCCAAAGGACAGUGGGACUGGCCUCCAGCACAGCCUUGAAUUAAUUGUAGUCUGUCAGUACCUACAUUCAAAAUAUUGUUUACUUAAUUCAAUAACACUAUUAUUAUUUAAAAACAUUUAUUUGUAGUUGAAAUAAAAAUCUUGAACUCAUAAUAACAUUUUUAUUAUUUUCUGAUAAGACUGCUUUUGUCCAAUUAAUUAAAUUGACAUCAAUGCAUUUAUCAUAAUAAGUGCCUAGGUACUAGAUUGUUGAAUAAUAAAGUUGUUAUUCAAAUAAAAAAAUAAUGCUUAAUUUUGCUAAUAAUGUAUGUACAUAUGCCAAAGUUGGAGCUUUUUACAUUUCAUUAUGAAUUGAUCUUUCAAUUUAAAAAAAUAAAAUACCAGAAUAAUAAGAAGUGUUUUUUUUUUAAAUAAAUACCUACAGAUUACAAUACUAUUUAAUAAUCUAGUAUUUAUGUGUAGAAAAAAUAAUAUACUUGCAGAAUGCAAAUAAAGAAAUCUUGCAAUUUAAAUUAUGUCAUGGUCAUCAAAACAGCACAAUGUCAUUUGAAGUAAUAAAUGCAAUUCUGAUUUUUUGUUCAUAAACAUAGUUUAACUUUUUAAUAAUAAAAAAUAUAGGUACAAGUCUGUCUGUAACCAUUUUACUAGUCUUUGGCUCAUAUCUGCAGUAAGUACAAAAUCUAUUACUAUUAUGGUUACUACGUUUUUAGAGUGGAAAUAGAUUCAGUAUUAGCAUGGAAGGUCCAUGAGUAUUAGCAUAUAUUUACUGUGUUGGAAUGUGUAUAUUAUAUGUGGUAUGUUCAUAGAUUAACAU